AAUUAGCCAGGCGAUGCGUAAAAAAUACAAACGGGAGAUGGACUAUGUCUAUGCUAUUAUGAACGAUUUGGAACGGAAAUUGGAACGCCCUAUCCGUGAUCUCGAUGACGUCAGAACCGUCAUGGAAACUCUCAAAAAAAUACGAGAGCAAGAAGUUGAUAUGGAAUUAAAAAUUGACCCCGUUGAGGAAGCGUUUAACGUUAUAACUCGUUACGAGCUGCCAGUUAGUAAAGAAGAUUUGGAGCAAGUUGAUAAUCUUCGAUACACUUGGCAACAGCUGCAGGCGACGGCACUCGCUUCUCAUGUGCAGCUGUUGAAGAUGCAACCGCAGUUUGAAGAGGAUUUGAAAAACAAUUUGGACAAAUUUAGGGAUGACAACGCCGAAUACUGUCACGAGUAUAGACACGCUGGACCGAUGCAGCCAGGGUUGACCCCACGAGAAGCAUCCGAUAGAUUGAUACUUUUUCAAGUACUUACUCUAUAUUUGUGUACUUUUAAAUUGAAAUGAGCGUGUCUUUGUUCUUAUUAAAAUAUUCCAACAGAAUCGGUUCGACGGAAUGUGGCGAAAGCUUCAGACCUACCAGAACGGUGAAGAGCUUUUUGGUCUUCCCCAUACAGAAUACCCUGAAUUAGCCCAAAUAAGAAAGGAACUGAACUUACUCCAGAAGCUGUAUAAGCUUUACAACGACGUUAUUGACAGGGUCAGUAGUUACUACGACAUACCCUGGGGAGAAGUUAAUAUUGAAGAGAUCAACAAUGAACUGAUGGAGUUUCAGAACAGAUGCCGAAAGUUGCCGAAAGGUCUCAAAGAGUGGCCGGCAUUCUUUGCCCUUAAGAAGACCAUCGACGAUUUCAACGAUAUGUGUCCUCUCCUUGAGCUGAUGGCCAACAAAGCUAUGAAGCCUCGCCAUUGGCAGAGGAUCAUGGAGGUCACGAAAUACGUUUUUGAGUUAGACAACGAGGACUUCUGCUUGAAAAAUAUACUAGAAGCACCCCUGCUGCAGAACAAGGAGGAUAUCGAGGUGUUUUUAAACGGUUUUAUUAAAUUUCAACUCUAA